UUUUUUUUGUCAGAUAAAAUCUAUAUAAACGAAACGUAAGAUACAUUGGGAAUUUAGUUUCUCAAGUGUUAUUGGAAGCGAUGGCUCGACUAAGUAACAUUGUGUUGAUUAUUGCUGUGAACGUAUUAAUAUGCGUUCUCGCGAAAGAAGAGCUCUAUUCGGAACAAUAUGACCAUCUAGAUGUUCGAGGAGUUCUUGCAAACAACAUUCAACGAAAAAGCUAUUACAACUGCUUCAUGGGAAUAACACCGUGCACGUCAGAACAGAAGAAUCUUAUAAAUUUAUUCAGCGAAGCUUAUCAAACCAAAUGCAGGAAAUGUACUAAAAAGCAAAUAGAACAUCUGAAUGUGAUAAGUGAUUGGUAUACAACACAUCAACCCCUGAAAUGGCUACAAUUGAUUCAGAAGAUGAUAAACGAUUUAAGAAAAAAAUAUGCUAAUGAUCACUAACUGCUGGUUAUUGCUCAUAGCACUCAUGGAUCUUCCUAUUUAUAGUCCUAUGCCAGAAUUUUUUAAUCGUUGCGAGUAGUUAAUCGAUGCGAAUAUAGUAUAUCGCAAUAUUUAUAACAUGAUAAUUUUAAAUAUAUAUAACUUGUUAAUAAUAAUAAUAAU